GGCGGCCGGGCGGCGGGCGGCGCUCGCCACUCAAUCCCUGACCGCGACCGGUGGGUGGCUGCUGCGCGCCCGCCGACCGAGAACACUGCCGCAGGCGACGCGCCGGUCACGGCACCCGAGGUGCGGCUGCCGGCUCUGCUACUGUGACCUGUGACCGACGCGGCGAGGGACGAGGAGAGACGGUGGCCCGGCUGGAUAUGCAACAAGGGCAAUAUCAGAGAUGACGUCCAUACCAGACCUGGCCAGCAGACCUGCCUUCAAGCUGGACAUGAUCUGCCAGAAGCUGCAGCAAGAAACGGGUACAGACACCUCAGAGCUCAGCCCCACCAACCCAGGCGGUGACACGGCGCUGAACGGAGACACGAUGGCCAGCGGACAGCGCUCGGAGCCCGACGAGGACCCUCCUCCGGCCGAGGAGGACGAGCCAGAGGAGGAAGAGGACGACGACGAGCACGAGCGAGACGAGGAGCGUCGGCCCGGCGAGUCGGACAGCGACACGGUCGACUGGGGUGCCGGGGGAGGGGACGAGAGCUGGCCGUGGCCCUCUGCCACCAUGUCCACCGACCAGAGCCACCAGGCAUCGCCGCGAGCUUCCCCCCGAGCCUCCCCGACCCCUCUGCCGCUGUCUUCAUCACCGCACGCAUCCCCAACGGGCGAAGCCGGCGACCAUCCGACGCCCGACACCGGCCGGCGCAACAAGCGCAAGAACUUUCAGCCGCGGGCGAUCGUCUACCAGUACGCCGAGGCGGCGGCUGAGGUCAGCGGCGAGACGCGAGACUCUUUUAGCGAGACCGACGAGCAGGCGCUCGACCUGACCGAGUCGCGCGCGCCACCGCGGCCCAGCGCCUCCGAGCCGGCGCCCAUGGACCUGACGGUGCGCACGCCGACGCAGAUCAACAGCGCUCUGCCGGGCCGGCCUCCGGCGGCGGUGGAUCCCUCCGAGAUGAAACGCUACGCGGAGAACACCAUGCGCGAGCUCCUCGGCAUCUACGGUUUUCCGUCCGACCCCAGCGAGGCGCAUCAGAGCCCUGCAGGGAAGCUCUUCGAGCAUCUGACCGGUCGUCUGCCGCCGGCUGCUGCCCCGGCUCCGAGCGGGGGUGGCCGAACAUCGCCCCAGCAGCCGCCCCACCAGCCGCCGACGCCUCCUCACACACCGAGGGCGGCGUCACCGGGUCAGGCAGCGGCACUGGAGCAGGAGAGGCGACGACUUCUCGCACGGACUGCCAUGGGCGGCAACGGGCUGCUGCUGCCCCAGAACAUGGCCACCCUGCUGACAUUCGCCGCCCUCAACAAGGACCGAGGCCUGGCGCAGGCCGGUGCUCACGGUGCUCCGGCCGGGACUCCGGUGCCUCCAUCGGGCGUGUCUCCCGCCAACGGCCUGCCGUUUCCGUCCCCGGCGACCACGGCCACGGACCGGAGGAACACUGCCGUGGACUACGGCCGCUACGUCCGCCGCUUCACCAGCGCCCAGGAGUGCGGCUUCAAUCACUGCAUCGACCUCAGCUACCGGGAGCACUUCCACUGCCUGGAGUGCAACUCGCGCGUGUUCGUGAAGAAGGAGGAGAUGAUCCGCCACUUCAAGUGGCACAAGAAGCGGGACGACUCGCUGCAGCACGGCUUCAUGCGCUACUCUCCGACCGACGACUGCGGCGACCGCUACCCCGACUGCAGCCACAACAGGAAGCAGACCCACUACCACUGCCUCAAGGAGGGCUGCGACAAGGUCUACAUCUCGACCUCGGACGUCCAGAUGCACGCUAACUACCACCGCAAGGACUCGGCCAUCCAGCAGGAGGGCUUCCAGCGGUUCCGCGCCAGCGAGGAUUGCGGCGUCGAGAUGUGCAGCUACCAGGGCCAGCGCACCACCCACUUCCACUGCAAACGACCCGGCUGCAGUUUCACCUUCAAGAACAAGGCUGAUAUGGAGAAACACAAAACGUACCACAUUAAGGACGAACAGCUCAACAAAGACGGCUUCAAAAAGUACAUCAAGCACGAGCACUGUCCGUUUGAGAACUGUCGGUUCAGCAAGGUGUGCAAUCACAUCCACUGCAUCCGUCCCGGCUGCAGCUACGUUCUGCACUCCUCGGGACAACUGUACUCGCAUAAGAUGUCUCAUUUUCAGCGCAAGCACGAGCGUCAGGACAGCGAGAUGGCCUACCGGAACUACCGGCUGUCGCAGAGCCUGCCACGCGACGGCGCCUUCGGUGAACAGUUCCCCCUGGCGGCGGCUCUCUCGCGCACGGUCUCGCCGUCGGUGUCGGUGCCGGGCUCGAUGGCGCCGCUGAACCAGCCGAGCCCCAGCACCAGCCCCGGCAGCGUGCAGUCGCCGCUGCCCGCCAGCCCCUCCGACGCCCUGAAGGCCAGUCCGUACGGCCGGCUCGGAGCUCUCUUCCCAGGCAUGCUAACGCCGUCCAGUUUCGCGCUGGAGCCACUGGCGCCACAGGACAUGAAGCCCUCCCACCCGAGUGAGCUACCGCGCCUGCCGGAGGCUGAGCUGAUGCAGCGCUUCGUCCUGGAGCUGACAGAUGGCGCCACCUGCGCCGUGACCGGCUGCGAGUUCUCAGGCACGGCGCACUACCACUGCAGCCAGCCCGAGUGCGGCGUGCUCUUCCAGAGCCGCGACAGCGCGCGCGACCACGCGCGGAACCACGAGCAGCAGCAGCACGUGACGGCCACCUACUACGAGGAGGUGGCGGAGACGGAGGACCCGUGUCCGUGCCAGCCGCACUGUCUCUACCGCGGCAAGGAGCGCCACUACCACUGCAACUGGGAGGGCUGCACGGAGGUCAUCCUGCGCAGCGACAAGCCGUUCCGCCGGCUUGACCACUACAAGAUGCACGACUACUCGCGACGACUGGCGGCGUCGAAGGAAUCGUCGGGACCGCCACCGGUGCCGCCGCUCCUGCCGUACAUCUCUCCGGAGAUCCAGAAGCGGCGAGCCGCCGCUGCCGCCGCCGCAGCGGCCGCCCAGGCUGCCAAGGUGUCUGCUCCGUUCGAGGUGCCGAUGCCCGGUGCGGACGCCUUCCGCGGCCACAUGCCUCCGGGUAUGUUCGGCUCCUUCAAGCUGCCCAAGCCGCUGCUGGCGGCGCGCAGCGCUGACCUCCCUGGGACGUCGCCGGCCGUCUCGGCGGCUGACAGCGACCCGCCGAGACCAGUCGUGAAACACGAGGCCGACCCGACGGAGGGUUUCCGGGAAUACCGCGAGGGUGCCACGUGCACGGACGCCGACUGCGCCCAGGCCGGCCGGAGGCACUACCACUGCGCUCAUCCCCGCUGCUUCUUCGCCAGUAGCGACACGGAGGAUCUGACCAGCCAUGCCCGCGACUUCCAUGACAACGUCGACAUCCUGGAGGGCUUUGUCUUCUUCAACAGAGAUGUCGACUGCAAGAUGGCAGGCUGUCUGAGCAACAAGGUGAACCGUCACUUCCACUGCACAAGGCCCGGCUGUGGACACUCAUUCGUUCGUUACCUGGCUAUGGCGGAGCAUGACAAGCUCCACCGCUCGCAGCAGGCCACCGGCUCGCCGCCGCCGACCUCCAACGGACAGACAGGUUCUCCGAUCGUGAAGGCGGCCGGUACCUACUACCCGCUGUCGGCGUUUGCCACGCCCGACAUGCCCCAAGGUCUGGUGCUGCACUCGCGCCUGACGGAGCAGCGUCAGCGCUCUCCUCCGACGCUGGGUGCCGCCAGUCCCCGGCGUAGCCGCUCGCCCACCGAACUGCAGGCCCAGGGAGAGCGGUCUGAUCCGGCUACCUCAGCGCCGCUCCCAGCCGUGACUCAGCAUCCAGGCACGGACCUAAUGUCACGACUGCUGCAGUCGCCGGCCACGCUGAAACGUCCCACAGCGCCCAGCGUCGCCGAGAGCUUCAGUCACUUCCAGGAGGAGCAGCCGUGCGGCCGGCCCUUCUGCAAGCUGAAGCGGCGUGAGCACUACCACUGCGAGCUGUGCAACCAGGCCUUCAGUGAGGCAGAGCGGCUGCACCCGCACCUGGAGCGGCACGCUGAGGGCUGGCAGUCGCCGCAAACGGCCGCCGGUAUCGGCAUCGGGGGAAUCGGAUCGCACCAGCAGCAGCAGCAGCAGCAACAGGAGCAGCGUGCGGAAGAGCAGCAGAAACAGCAGCAACAGCAACAGCAACAGCAACAGGAAGAGCAAGAGCGGGAACAGCGCAGAAACAUUCCCGGCGCCGAGGUCGUCCCGGAGAUGCCUCGGCACCCGAUGCUGCCGUUCCAUCCGUUCGCGCACGCGUCUUUCUUGGGCUCACCUGAAGGAUUCCUGCUGAGGCCGGCCCUGCAUCCGGCGCUGGCAGGGUUCCCGAUGAUGCCACCACAAAAUGGCGGAUUCCCUCUGCCGAUGAGCGCGGCCAUGUUUGAUCCGGCGCUGCUGUCGCGGAAGCGCCUCUCCGGAGACGGUCCCGGUGAUGGGCACCGGCCCGAAGUCAAGAAGCCGCGCAACAUGCGCAUCCUGAAAGACGAGCCAGUGCCUGACGGCUAUAUCAGAUUCAGGUACAACAAAGAGUUCAACGAAGACUGCAAGUACCCGCACUGUGGCUACCGAGAGCAUCAGACGCACUUCCACUGCAUACGGAAGGACUGCGGCUACAGCUUCUGCGACAAGACACGCUUCGUGCAGCACACGGCUCGCCACGAGCGGCUGGACACGCUGAUGGGCGGCGACUUCGUCCAGUACCGCGCCAACAUCCCCUGUGGCAGGGACGCCUGCAUCUACACGAACACUCUCGACCAGCGCCAGAACAAGGCGUCCCACUUCCACUGCCUCAAGUGCGAGUUUGUCUGCACAGACACGAACAAGGUGGUGGCCCAUCGGCGACAGCACACCAAGCUCGACUCCAUCACCCAGGCCGGCUUCGAGAAGUUCACGCCCAGCCAGAGCUGCAAGAUCGAAACGUGCAACCACAACGGGAAGCAGACUCACUAUCACUGCGUCAAGUGCCAGUACUCGGUGCUCGGGCUGAGCCAGAUGUCGGCCCACAAGUACCGACACAUGGAAUGAUCGGAGCCGGUGGCGCCACGGUGGCGGCCGCCCGAACUUGUAGACUGAUAUUAGAGGUGCGCCAGGGACGUGGUGCUCGUGACGCUCCUGCACGAGGCCAGAAUUGCCUUACUCUCUUGCUAGUGACCUGCUGGUGGCGUUUCAGGGCGUCAUCGUGUUCGCGUGUGCACUGUAUCCGAGCUGCCUUUGGUCUGGAUCUUUCCAUGAUGCUCUUCUUUUUUCGUUGUGUUGACUGUAUGAAGCUUCGUAGGCUGCUUGACGAUGACAGAACAAUGUAUUGAGUGUCGCUUCGUGAAGAGCGAGCGCACAGCUCCUCUGCUGUGCAGUAUUAUGUUGCAGUACACCCGGUUGUAGGGUAAAAACAAAUGUAGUGGUAAGCUCCGAAGCCUCCCCCUAGCCGACUACUCACGGUGCCAAACGUAGGCUAAGUUGUUAUCAUUAUUAUUAUAAUAAUUUCGUUGCAAUAGGUAGAAUGUCAAUAUUUAUUUUAUUGUUCGCCUGGCGUCGUGUUCAUUGCGUUUAUCUAGCUAGUGCUGGCUAGAAGCUGGGUUUACUAACAGGGGCUCUCGCCAGGACUUGCAGUAGGAGUAACAAUACUCAGUGCCUUCUCAGAUAGCAGGGCGGCAAUAGCCAGACAGCCAGUCAUAUCGCCGACAAACACAGUGGCAACGUGUUGGCCUGACGAGGUCUCGCUCCUCGCCUGCCGUCAACCCAGGCGCCGGCCGCCGACCAGCGCGUGCGAGCGAGCCUCUUGAACAGGGCGGAUCCCGCCACAUUCUGUAUGCCAGUGUAUGCGACCGUUGACAUGUAAAUGCUCGUCUUGCGGCCGGACUGGGUGGCCAUCUAGGCUGGGGUUCAGCCUCUUUUGAGUCUUUGCCAGCAUGUUAUGCGUAUGUGUAUUUACGUGCCUGUACAAUAUGUGUAUGAAUGAGUGUGAGCGUGCUUACUGCACGCAAGUGUACAUAUUCAAGCGUCAACCCAGUGCCUUCUCCUGCCGCACAGAGCACCAGAUCGUGAAUCCAAGUGCCUAUAUACGAGGAACGCGUGUGUCAAAAUUGUCGUGCCAUACCAUGUACCGCAGCGCCGUCGCGAGUCCAGAACUCGAGCCGGCGCUGGGCGCCCUCAGAUCCCAGUGGCUUACCGUGUGGCCUUCCGGCGUCAGCACGCGGCGCGUGCCUCCGAACCCGUCACCGGCCCGACGAUGGACCGUUUGUACAUAGCGCGUCGGGACAGCGCGUCUCCGUGGCCGGCCGAUAUCUCGGGGCGCCGAGAGUGGCAUUCUGUGCAGCACGCGCGCUAUCGCGAGACGACAGACCCGGCAGUGGUCUCUAAUUAACUCGUGCUUGGCCCGGCGGCGGUCGCCCCGGCUUCUGUGAUGGGGUGUGUGCGUGUGGGUGUGAGGUGAUAGGACAGGGCAGUGCGGCCGCCCGCAGUGAAGGUGUCGGCGUGUGGCCUCAAUACACGCUCUCGGUACAGAA